CAAAUCAAUGUGUAACUUUUCUCUCCCUUUUGCUCUCAUUACAAGUUUAUUCGUGAGUGAUUUAGCCGGCAAAUCGAUUUUAAAUCAAUUGUCUGAUAAAAACAGAAACGAUGAUAACCGCCUGGAAACACCCGGUUUAAGUUGAUUACAUCCAAGCGACGUUUUCUAGUCACUACAGUGCCUUUCAUCGAAGAUGAACGUCCUGCUGCUACUCCUCGCAUCACUCCUUUUCGCACUCCUCAAAUGGAUCUACUCGCACUUUCAGUCCCGGUACCAGUUCUGGAAGGACCGGAACGUACCCUAUCUGGAACCCCGCUUCCCGGUGGGCAACGUCGGCGACACGCUCAAGCCGACGAUCCACUUUGCCCACAUCAUGGACAAUCUGUACAGGCGGCUGACCAAGCUGGGUGACGACUACGCCGGCAUUUACUUCUUCCGGGAUCCGGUGCUGGUGGUGCUGUCGCCGGAGUUUGCCAAAACGGUGCUUGUGAAGGACUUUAACUACUUUGUGGACCGCGGAGUGUACAGCAACGAGCGGGACGAUCCGCUGUCGGCUAACCUGUUCUUCAUGGAGGGGCACCAGUGGCGCAAGUUGAGGGCGAAGCUGACGCCGACGUUCACCUCGGGCAGGUUAAAGGCCAUGUUUUAUACGAUACUGGCGGUGGGCGAGCAGUUUGACCGGUUUUUGGGGGGCUAUGUGGCCGGGGUGAAUGAGGUGGAGGUUAAGGACUUGCUGGCGAGGUUCACGACGGAUGUGAUUGGAUCGUGUGCGUUUGGGAUUGAUUGUAACAGCUUGGAGAAUCCCAAGUCCGAGUUCCGGGAGAUGGGUAAGAGGAUGAUUAACUUUCCAAAGUUGAAGGCGUUGAAGGUGUUUUUUGCGAUGAUGUUCCGGGACACGGCGAGGAAGUUGGGAAUAAGGUUCAAUGACGAGGAUGUGUCGGAGUUUUUCUUUUCUGUUGUUCGGGAUACGAUCAAGUAUCGGGAGGAGAACAAUGUGCAGAGGAAGGAUUUCAUGCAGCUGCUGAUUGAACUGAAGAACAAGGGAUACAUGGAUGGGGAGGUAGAUGGAGCUGCGGAGGAGAUGUCCGGACAGCGGUUGGAGAAGUUGACCUUUGAAGAGAUUGCAGCUCAAGCGUUCGUGUUCUUCUUUGCUGGCUUUGAAACUUCUGCUACGACCAUGACGUUUGCGCUGCAUUUGCUUGCUACGCAUCCAGACGUUCAGGAGAAGGGAAGAAGUUGUGUCCUAGAUGUAUUGAGCAGACAUGACAACAAGUUUAGCUACGAAGCCAUCAUGGAGAUGACCUAUCUGGAUUGGAUCAUCAAUGAAACCCUUCGUAUCUACCCACCAGUAGCAACGCUGCACAGGAUGACCACAAAACCAUACAAGCUAUCGAAUGGAUCCAUCAUCCCGAAAGGAACCGGACUUUGCAUCCCAAAUCUAGCCAUCCAGCGUGACCCACAACACUUCCCAGACCCUCUAAAAUUCCGUCCGGAGCGCUUCUCCGAAGAAGAAAAGUCAACGCGUCACCCGUUCAGCUACCUUCCGUUCGGCGAAGGUCCCCGAAUCUGCAUUGGGAUGCGGUUUGGCCUGCUCCAGACGCGGAUGGGACUGGCGCUGCUGCUGAAGAGUUACCGAUUCAGUCUGUGCUUGAGGUCACCCGUUCCGCUGGUGAUCGACCCGGUGAAUUUGAUUCACGGACCAGCCGGGGACGUUUGGUUGGGCAUUGAGAAGGUUCAGUAGAUUAAAGGUUGGCACAAAGUGUACCGGCAUGAAUGAACCAGUUCA